GACCGCCAAGUACCGGUACCCUCGAUUCUCUGAGCGAACCGACAAGGUUCUUCUGCGCCAUAUGUGGUCGUCUUCUGUGCCCUCUCGCGAUGUGUCUGAUUGUGAGAACGCUGGCUCGCCGAAAGAUUGAAAACGGCGCGGAAUCUUCAGCAAAUAAUUCUGUCAAGGUUGUUGUUGCUGCUGCAUCAUCCUUUGCACCUCCAGGCCGGAAAAAGACGGAGAAAGAGAAGAAGGACAAGGAGGAUGUCGAACCAUCUCUUGUGAAUAAGGCGCCAUCCGGGGCGAAAACGGGCGUGUGCAGGAUUGAGCUCACGUGCAAAGAACCAAAUCACACACCAACUGCAGAGACGCUGUGGCAGUUAUGAUCACGGACGCGUAGUAUUGACCGUGGACGAAGUUCGGGUCCAUCCUAUCGGCACUCCACUGUUCGUGGCACAACCCACUGCAAAUUGUGCACAGGCAACAAAUUUGUGAUUGACAUUUGCUGUCGCCUACACGAAGAGGGUGUGAUCUACCUCGCCAGCCGACGUGCCCACUUGCGUGCGAAGAUUAACUGGUCUCCUUGCCGCACAACAAUCGAAGACCCAUAUGAAACUAUCACCGUCGCUAUGACCCGACGCGAGACGAUGCUCGGGGACACUGUAAUCGCCGUCCACCCCGCUGAUCCCCGGCACAUCGCACCUGCAUGGUAAAUCUGUGAUCCACCCCCUUUCUGCCCAAUCGCUUGCAGCCGACCAUGUGGAUAUCUAGGACGACCGAAUGUAGAUACCUCUGUGCAGUAAAUCUGAUGAUAUCUUUGAGCCUAUAUUGAAGCCCCAGUAACGGUUAGACCCUAAAACCUGGCGGAAGAGGCGAUUUGUUGCUGUAGGCUUGCGACUGCAAACUGGCUUUGUCUCACAGCGUACUCUGGCUGGUGAACUUCUGAUCACACCCAAGCAGUCCGAGAACGAGUGGCACUGAUGGCUGGCGGGGAUCCAAGAUUCUCUCGACAGCUUUCGUGGGUGCACCGGAACACAGCCUAAUUUGGACACGGUUACGCGAAGACUCGCGACGUUCAAGGUGUCGUGAAAUCCAAGACUUCUCCGAAACGAAAUGACUGCAAGGACUGUGUGGGAUGCAACUCGCAACGUGCCACCGAGCGUGUUACUGCCUUAACUCGUGUUUCCCAUCGGCAGUGGUUGGCAACAAAUUUUUCACUCUAGAGACGUCCGGUGUCGUGCGGAGAGGGUUGAAACCAUCAUUCAUGGCCAGACGGUGUGUGCCAAGGACCGAUCAUCGAACAUCAUGGGUUACGCUCCGCGUUCGGGUUUGCUCGGGUAUAUAAGGCGAGGCGAACCGACCUAACCGUAUUGUGGUCUGCUCUUUUGCCCUUUCAUUACAACUUUUCCCUCCAGCCUGUGGUUGUUGGAUUUUCUUCAUCUUCGUUUUCUUCGCUUUUGCCGCAGGCUUUUUACUGCUUUUUCCAGCCCUCCAGUGCAGCGCACAUUUUCGCAUUUUUUCAUUGAAACUUUACCGAACACCUUCCUUCGUUCGCGUUCGCCAUGCGUUUUUCCGUCGCAACGCUUCCUCUCAUUGCCUCUUUGGCCGGAUCUGUCGUCGCGGCGCCUGUGGGCCUGCACCUGGGUCGGGGUUUGACUAGCUCGGGCGGCAGUCCCAACGCUGCUGCUGUCCCCGCUGCAGAUGCCUCCAUCACCAUCACUGUCCACUCCCCACGAGCGACCGGAGAUGCCGCUGAUGCCGAAGGCACUGCCGAGGACCAGGACCUCGUGAACAGGGCUGCUAGGAAAGCAGCGAGGCCAGCAGUCAAAGCCGUGCCAGUAAAAGCCGCGCCAGUAAAAGCCGCGCCGGUUAAGGCCCCUGCGCCGGUUAAAGCUGCACCGGUCAAGGCCCCUGCACCGGUCAAGGCUCCUGCACCAGUGAAGGCUCCCGCACCAGUCAAAGCUCCUGCACCUGUCAAGGCCCCCGUGCCGGUCAAGGCAUCUGCACCGGUCAAAGCCCCCGCACCGGUCAAAGCAUCUGCGCCAGUCAAGGCCACCAAUGUGGCUAAGACUACCGCAGCGGCCAAAGCAACCAAAGCUGUCAGCGCAGCCAACGCAGCCAAAACAAGCAAAGCAGCUCCGGCCAGCAAAGCCAUCAAGGCAACCCAGAGCGCGAAAACGACCAACGUCGUCAAGACUUCCAAUGCUGCGAAACCCACCGUGGCUUCCCAGGUGGGCAAAGGAGCGAAGAUUAGUGCAGCAGCCAGCAAGACCGCCGGCAAGGCGAGCACGGCGUCCAGCAAGAGUGUAGCCGGAAAGAAGGGCGCUGCCGCUUCGGCCGCUGGCAAGAGCGCCGCUAAGGCUGCUGCCACUGGUUCUGCCGCCGCGACCCGCUCUGCUGCGGGAGCGAACCGCUCUGGAGCUGCAGCUUCCCGUUCGGCCGCGGCCGCCUCUCGUUCUGCUGCGGCCGCCACCCGCACGGGAGCUGCUGCUUCACGCCGUUUCUUUGCGCGCAACACUCUCCAACUUUGAGUGCCUUCUGUAGAAAGAGCCGGAUGCCGGAACGGGAGCACUUGCAAACCACUUCCACGCUUGUAUCAUGAUAAUUUGUUUGUAAUAACUGGGCAAAUCCAGACCUAAUCACUGCAAGUGGCCAAUUUUGAAGUGGGGAGGCUCCUACAGUCUUC